UGGACGUUACCAUGCUGCGUUCACUGACCAGCUGUUGGUACUGUGUGGGACGCACACGGACAGCUACUGGACGUCAAUCCAAUAUCGGGCAAGGAGGGCGCCUGUUGCCGCGAACAUUCAAAGAUUUUGACCUGUCUGAACCGGCGUGUGUCAGCGCAGAAAGUGAAACUGAGCGUUGCUUUACAGUAGCGAUAUCAGACAGUGUAGGUGAGCGGGUUCAUGCGACAGUCCAAAGGCGGUUAGAGUUUCACGCCAGCUACUAGGCUAAUAUUUAAGCUAAUGUUAGAAAGUGUAUAGCUGGAGCCUGUGGUCAGAGUUGGACAUACAGAAGCAGAAGUGAAGGAACUGCCCCAUCCAUGGACAACCCCACCCCUCGGCUUGUUGUACUGUGAUAGAGAAGCCAGUGGAUCAGAAGCACUCAAGUAGUCGAUUGCCAUGGAGGACACCAAGCCCAAACCGGUCACCCCAGAACCGAGCCCUGCACCUAGUCCGGCACCUAGUCCGGCACCCAGCCCGCUACUGGAGAGGAUUGCUUUGCCUGCAGCAAACCAUGUGGAGCACCUAAACGUGAACCAGAUCCAGGUGGUGGUACGGCGCUGCUCUACUCCGAACAUCACAGAGGAGACCACCUAUUUUAUUCCUCGAAACCCGGUGGUGGAUGCCGGAACCAACACUGACCCGCCUGUGGUCUGCUGCCCCUUGCUCCGCAGGUUUUGCCCUUGUCCACCAAGAGGUCUUCUGGCCUCUCUUAUCACAAAAGUUCUGUUGGCAGCUGUGCUCUUUGGAGUGGUGUGGUCCAUCACAGAGGACGAAUGUCUUCCAGGGGGCAACCUGUUCGGCAUCACGAUCCUCUUCAUCUGCGCACUUCUCGGUGGCAGACUGGUGGCCCUCAUCCGUCUGCCCAAACUUCCACCAUUCCCACCACUCCUCGGUAUGCUGCUGAUGGGUUUCCUUCUGAGAAACAUCCCAGUUGUAACAGAUGGGGUGAAGAUCGACUUCAGGUGGUCCGCGUCACUGAGGAACAUCGCUCUGGCGGUGAUUCUGACCAGAGCUGGCCUGGGAUUGGAUCCCAUGGCUCUGAAAAAGCUCAAAUCAGUGUGUUUACGCGUGGCGUGUGGGCCCUGCCUCAUCGAGGCUUGCACCACAGCUCUGAUCUCUCACUUCCUCCUGGGCCUGCCCUGGGUGUGGGGCUUCAUCCUUGGCUUUGUGCUGGGUGCUGUGUCUCCAGCAGUGGUGGUUCCCUCCAUGCUGCUGCUGCAGAAGGACGGCUACGGCAUUGAACAGGGCAUCCCCACCCUGCUGAUGGCCGCAGGCAGCUUUGACGACAUUCUUGCCAUCACGGGGUUCACCACAUGCUUGGGCAUGGCCUUCGCAACAGGCUCCACCUGGUACAACCUGCUGAGAGGUGUACUGGAGGUGGCCGGUGGGUUGGUUGCAGGGAUUGUUCUUGGCUUCCUCAUCCAGUAUUUUCCAAGUGUUGACCAGAAACACUUGGUAAUGAAGCGGUCCUUCUUGGUGCUGGGUCUGUCCGUCUUUGCCGUGUUUGGCAGCGGUGUGGCAGGAUUUCCUGGCUCUGGAGGCCUCUGCACCCUGGUGUUGGCAUUCUUGGCUGGCCUCGGCUGGGGGAGGGAAAAGGCACGUGUGGAAGAAGUGGUGGGGUGGGCGUGGGAUGUGUUUCAGCCUCUUCUCUUCGGACUCAUAGGAGCAGAGAUUCAAGUGUCUAAGCUGGAGGGAUACACAGUUGGCCUGGGUAUAGCCUCUCUGCUCAUCGCCCUGCUGGUCCGAGUCCUCUUCACCUUUGUCUGUGUGCUGUGUGCGGGCUUUAACUUGAAAGAGAAAGUGUUCAUAGCCCUUGCAUGGAUGCCCAAAGCCACAGUGCAGGCGGCUAUAGGCUCCACAGCUUUAGACAUGGCCAGGUCGAGGGGCGACAAAGUUUCGGAGAAUUACGGCAUGGACGUGCUGACCGUGGCUGUGCUGUCCAUCCUCCUCACAGCUCCUGUAGGAGCUCUUAUCAUAGGGCUCGCUGGGCCUCGGCUGCUCCAAAAACCAAAAAACUCAGCCAGUGGUGAGCGAGUCAAACCCACUUUAUCCGCUUUUUUCUUAGGCACGGCGGCAGCAGGUGAAGACGACAACGAAAGUCCCAUCACCUAUGAGAGCACACUCUGACAUCACCCGUCCUCAUCCAGCGAGCGAGGACACUUUAAGAGACCUCCGGUGUGCCUCCACACCUCAGACAUUUGAGCUUUCCUUUGGCCACCGAGUGGCUCUCCUUGUCUCUUUAUCUGCCCGUCAGCUCCUGAUCCUGAUCAGGAACUUAUGAAUCACCCACUCUGUAUUUAUAGCCUCGAGAGGUUUCCAGGCCUCAGGCUUCGAAAACAAAUGACCCCCAUCCCAGCGUCUGCACUUCCACGCUGUGUGAACAGAAAUCAUGAGGUGUUUUUUUUUUUUUUUUCAGGUCCUAAAUGAACUUCCAAUCAGCUUUAUUAGUGUGAGGCAUGAAUAUGGUUUACAUUUUCUUAAAGGCAGACAUGGUUCCUGCCUGUCAAUCUGCUACUUUCCCAUUUUUAUGACCACAUUUAAGUGAACAAUCUACUGUACCUGGACUUGAGAAUACUGUAUUUUAUUAUAACCGGCUUCCUCUGGAGGGCUAUGUAAUUGAAUGUACUGACAGAACAUUUUAUUGUUUUACUUUAGACAACACAGUCGGCACAUGCUUAAGUCUCUAGGUGCUCUGCACUCAGUAUAAUGUUUUUUAUCACUUUGUGUUUGCGUAUUUUUGAGUAUUUUGAGUCUGUUUUCAUAAAAUAUUUAUUAGCUGUACGUUGCGCUGUGACGAAAAGGGUUUUGUAGUUUACAAAUACUCAGGAGAAGAUCUAUUUAAUCCUCUAUGCUUCCCAUUAGUUUAUACACAAUGCUGCUAAAACUCCAAUUCACUACUGCACUCACUAUGUCCGCUUCCAGUAUCGUGAACUCUCUGUGAGGAUCAUGACCAUAUUCAAAUCGUUCAUGCAAACCCACCUUUUCUAGUUUAAUAAUGAAGAUAGAUUUUUUUCACAUGUUCCGUAUUUGAUUUUUUUUUUUUAUGAGGUACGCAGUUUAACUUAAGAUGUUUUUUGAGUUGUUUGAAUGUAUUUACAUUUCAAAGGUUCUUGUGUAUUUUUUUAGCAAUUAUUUAUGAUAGAUUUACAUGAUUGAACAUUAGUUUUAUACAAAAUAUUCUUUUGAACAAUAAAAUAUAAAACAUACCAAGAA